CUCGCACAUGCGCCGUGAGGGCCGACACCAUCGCAGUGUCAUACAAGCCGCCUCCGCCAUUUUGGCUUCUCGCUCUGUCGCUUCCGCUCGCUGCUGCUGCUGAAGUAAACAAGGAGGGCGAGGAGAAGAGGAGUGGAACGCGCCGUUCUUUCCCAGCCAACGGUCACCAUUUAAUAAUUAUAAAACCAGCAAACAUAAUUAGGAGAGGUUGGUGGUUAUUUGAAGUGAGGGGACUGCCGCCUGGUUGUUUACUUGCGGCGAGGCCCUUGCUUGUGUCGGACGGGGCCGCUGAUGAAGCGGCCGCUGAGGGAGCACUGCGGCCCGGGUUAAGUGAAGUGAAGGACCGAGUUGCCUGCCUCUGACAGAAUGAAACGAGGCAGAAAAAACAGCAAGACCAGCAGUCAUUUAUCAGAUGAGGAAAAUACAGUAGAUGGCAAAAAAGUGAAAAUUACAGAUGAAGAAUCUGCUGGAGUAUUUCAGAGCCCUGAUUGGGGGAACCUCAUUCCAGAUAUUGUUCUGAAGGUGUUCCGGUAUUUGCCUCUUCUUGAUCGUGCCCAUGCAUCACAAGUCUGCCGUGUGUGGAACAAAGUUUUCCACAUGCCUGAACUAUGGAGAUGUUUUGAAUUUGAACUGAAUCAGCCAGCUACAUCUCAUUUAAAGGCUACUCAUCCAGAGCUUAUCAAGCAGAUUAUCAAAAGACAUUCCAAUCAUCUACAGUAUGUCAGCUUCAAGGUGGAUAGCAGCAAAGAAUCGGCUGAAGCAGCUUGUGAUAUCUUAUCACAGCUUGUGAACUGUUCUUUAAAAACACUUGGACUAAUUUCUACUGCUCGACCAAGCUUCAUGGAUUUACCAAAGUCGCAUUUUAUUUCUGCGCUGACUGUGAUGUUUGUAAACUCCAAAUCACUUUCUUCACUUAAGAUAGAUGACACACCAGUAGAUGAUCCAUCUCUUAAGGUACUGGUGGCUAACAACAGUGAUACUCUGAAACUGUUGAAGAUGAGCAGUUGCCCCCAUGUGUCUCCAGCAGGUAUCCUCUGUGUGGCUGAUCAAUGUCAUGGUUUACGUGAGCUGGCAUUGAACUACCAUCUGCUAAGUGAUGAGCUCCUUCUUGCUUUAUCUUCUGAAAAACAUGUCACAUUAGAACACUUGCGCAUUGAUGUAGUCAGUGAGAAUCGUGGACAGACACACUUCCACACAAUUGAGAAGAGCAGUUGGGAUGCUUUCAUCAGACAUUCUCCCAAAGUGAACUUAGUCAUGUAUUUUUUCUUACAUGAAGAAGAGUUUGAUCCAUUCUUCCGGUAUGAAAUACCAGUUACUCAUCUUUAUUUUGGGAGGUCAGUGAGCAAAGAAGUACUUGGCCGGGUUGGAAUGACCUGCCCUCGAUUAGUUGAACUGGUAGUAUGUGCCAAUGGAUUACGGCCACUGGAUGAAGAGUUGAUUCAAAUUGCAGAGCACUGUAAGAAUCUGUCAGCUAUUGGACUUGGGGAGUGUGAAGUCUCCUGCAGUGCCUUUGUGGAGUUUGUGAAAAUGUGUGGUGGCCGCUUGUCUCAGCUGUCUAUAAUGGAGGAAGUCUUGAUUCCUGACCAGAAGUACAACUUGGAGCAGAUUCAUUGGGAAGUGUCAAAACAUCUUGGUAGAGUUUGGUUUCCAGACAUGAUGCCCACAUGGUAGUCUCUGAAGAAGGCAGGGCAUGUGGAAAAGCAUCUUAUAUUUUGAGCAUACCAUGUUGCAACUUAAUCACAUAAGCUAGUAUUUAAUACUGUAGUUUGUAAUGUGUCCUAGAAAACUCAUGUACUAUUUAAUGCUGGUUUCUAACAUGCAAGUUUAAGAGGGGAAACUGAGGAUGUUCAGAAACACUUGUCCAUACAGACUUUUUAUAGUUUCAUAUUUUUUCCUAUUGAGACAGGCCCUACAUGUAUGUAGAAACUCAAAUUAGUUAACUGAUAAUCAGAUGCUGUAGUUAAAUCUUUGCUCUGAUAAAUUUCAGUAUUUCAACCUGAUAACUUUGAUUUAGGAACUGUGAUUGACCUGACUGACUGAAAUACAGUUUGUAAAGGUGAAACAUCACUUUUAUUGUAGACUCUUGGAGAUACUAACACUACCUGGGCUGUGUAAUAAUCAGCUGCUUGGCCUGCAGAAUCAUAAUUUAAGGUUAUGUACAAUAGGCAGUAGGCUACUACAUGUUUUGAUCAUAGAACAACAAAGACAGAGCAAUACAGCUACAUGAUUGGGCAUACAUUUGUAUGUGGAAAAUGUAAUUAUUUGUCCACUGCUUAUUAAAUCGCUCUGGAAAAUAUUGUGUGUACAAAUUAUUAGUAAUGAGUUUUUCAAAAGUAUUCUCUCUGCACUUUUGAAGACAAAUUUGGCAUUUAUAGGGUGUUACAAUCACUACGGCCUGUUUUAAGGUAUUAUUAAAGCUCAGGAAGCUAAAGUAUUAUGAGAAGAAUAUACCGUUUUUUGAUGAUGACCCAGAUUGAUGGGAUUUCCCCCCCCCCCCCGCAGUCUAAUUAUUCUGCAGCAUUUACUUUUAGGAAUGCUUUAUGUAUUUCCCAGUAAUAAAGAAAGCCAAAUGUUUGUACAAAAUUGUUAAAUGGAAGAAGUGGUUUGCUUGGCCCCAUUGCUACUAGAAUGGCAAGUAAGGUGUGGGUAGUUGCUAGUGUGGGUAGUUGCUAUCAUCCUGCUUGGGCAACUGCUGUUUUUUCAUAUCUGAUGGUGAAAGAAAGAGCAGUUCUUGAUCAAGGCCAGGAUCUAAAGAGGCAUACACACUGAGGGGUUUCAAGUUUGUUCUCUCUAGCAGCAGCCUCUUCCACCUAAUGGAAUACCAUUCUGUAGAGUUCUGUGGCUUUAAGGGCAGCUUUUUGGAGUGCUGUGAAAAGAAAUAAGUGGCUAAAAAGCCCCUUGCAUAUGCAGAAAACCACACAUGGCGCUUGGAUCCCAUGCCAUGUUUAAGUACUAUAAAACUUCCUGAUAAUGAUCCGGAUCAAAAGAACUGUUCAACUUAAAUCUAUGGGGCUUUAAGAAUUGUUGCUGGAACAGCAGUUUUCCCCCAUGUUACAUGGCAAACUGAUUUUCAGACUUCCCUAAGUUUCAUAAACAAACCAUUUGAGGUUUAGGGGAGAUAUCAGCUGUUUGGGUGUUUUUAAGUAAAAUGAAUGAGUUCUUUGGAUUCAGCAGCAGCAACAGCAAACCCUUUAAUCAAGAAAACAUGUUCCAAUGCUAUCAUGAACUUAGUGUGGUGCAGUAUAGAAUGGGAAGCUUGUAUCUAUAUUUAAAAUAUUUCUUAUCUCCUUUAAACAGUCUAUUCUUCCAGCAGUAUUUCUACUAAAUGUUUCCAAAAAAUUACAUUUGAGGGCAUACACAAAUUAAGCCAAGUUUAAACAAGCUCAUCAGAGGAGCCUGGAAUUGGGGAAAGUAGACAUAGUGAAGGCGUAAGGUAUGGGUAAUAUGGCAUACAUUUAAGUUUUGACUAAUGCCUCAAUUUAUAAUGUAUGUUGAACAAUUUUUUAAAAGACAUAUUCCAUGAUAUGUGAAGAGAAGCAUGGCUUUAUUAAAAUAGUUAAAGCUUAAUACAGAAUAUAGCUAUUCUUUUAUUCAGAAUUUCUGAAGAAACAAGUGGAUAGUAUUUGGCAGCUGCUUUUUGUACAUGUCUAACUAGACAGAUUCUGAUAAUUUCACAAGAAUUAAUUCACAGAAGACCCAGCAAGGAGAUCAUGUUGUAAUAUGGAGUAAAUAAUAAAAUUUUACAUACAAAAUCUGUUACAGAUUCUAUCAAAGAAAAAACUACCCUUGUGAAUCCAUAUUAUAUUUUGGGUGUGGGAUCCUCUUGUAAUUAUAUUGUUACUGUGAGUGUACCAAAAGUAUAGAUGAGAGUGUGCUGAAAAACUUAAGCACAAGUGUAAUAACAAGAAAAUUUUGCUCAGAAGACUGGAUGUCUGAAUAUAAAAGAUGCAUGUUUAUGUAGAGCUUUGUGACUUAAAUCACUGUAUUGAAUAGGCAGAUUUUAUUUGAAUGUGUUUGUAGCACUUUAAAUGUCCUUUUUGAUUUGAAAAUGUACUUGGUGGUAGUUUUGGUUUUUUUAAAAUGAAAGUCAUAUUGUUUCCAUAA